AUGCCUGGCGUCGACUCUAGUGAAGACGAGUCCGAACCCUUUGGUCGACUCUAUCGUACGCAGACGCAAGCAGCUAUCGAACGAGCUUCUACCCCUGAGCCAAAGAUCAGGGAGCACAUCUCUGCGGCCGCCCAAGAUGCCCCGCUGGCUCCCGAGGCCGGGCAGGCCCAAGUCCCUGGCGAGAUAACCUCGAGAGCUUAUCAGCUCGAGAUGCUCGAACAGAGCCUGAAGCAAAGCGUCAUCGUUGUGAUGGACACCGGUAGCGGCAAAACGCAAAUCGCCGUGCUUCGGAUCAAGGCUGAGCUGGAGAGGGCGAGCCCGGACAAAAUAAUCUGGUUUCUCGCUCCGACAGUGUCGCUCUGCGGUCAACAGUUCAACGCUAUCGGCCUCCAGAUCACCUCGACGCGCAUCAAGCUGUUGACCGGCAAUGAGAACGUUGACACGUGGAACGCAGACACUUGGGACUUGGCCAUGGAGGAUGUUCGCAUCGUCGUCUCGACCUACCAGAUACUGCUCGACGCUCUCAGCAAUGCCUUCCUCAGUAUAAACCGCUUAGCUCUCAUCAUCUUCGACGAGGCCCACAAUUGCGUCGACAGGCACCCGGGAAGUAAAGUCAUGGCCAACUUCUACCACAGGCGCAGAGAUCGCGGCGGCGAUAUGCCUUGCAUCUUAGGCCUGACGGCAACCCCGAGCAUGAGAUCCAAUUUCAAAGGCGUUGAGACCCUUGAGGCGAUUCUCCACGCCAAGUGCGUGUCACCAACUGUUCAUCGUGAAACACUCCUCGAAUUCGUCAAGAAGCCAGAAAUACUUUGCGCUUGGUACACCCCCCAAGCCUCUGAUCUUCUCACCAAGACCAUGCAGUCGCUCCUGCAAGCCGAGCCAAAUGACAGGAACCUUCGGUCCCUGGCGAAAGCCAUUGAGAGACACGAGACAUACUCGCAGAAUCAGAUCAAAGGUCUCUGGAACCGUUGUGUCGAAGUCCACAAGCAACUUGGCCCCUGGGCGGCCGACCUCUAUCUCUGGAACGCUUGCAAAUCCUACCUAGACCGCCUGGAGAGAACUGAUGACUUUUUUGAUCAAUGGUCGAACGCGGAGAAGCGAUACGUUGCCGAUUUCCUCCGCCGCGUUUCGCCCGAACGCCCAUCUCCGAGGCCGCAGAACAGUUCCGACUUGUCUGACAAGGUCACUGUCCUCUUGCAGGAACUGCUGUCGAUUGAACAAGAUGUUGUUGGCAUAAUAUUUAUCAAGGAACGGUCCACGGUCACGAUGCUCUGCGAAGUGCUUGCGUCGUGCCCGAGAAUCGUGGAAAGAUACCGCAUCGGCUGCAUGGUUGGCGGCUCUACGCACUCGGCCAGGAAGCGGACCUUAUACGAGUUCUGGGGCGAGACGAACCAGACGGGUCUGCAAGACUUUCGGUCGGGAGCAAUCAACUUGCUCGUGGGAACGUCUGUGCUAGAGGAGGGAAUCGACAUUCCGGCUUGCAACCUAAUUGUGUGUUUUGACAAGCCCCAUACCCCCAAGGCCUUUGUGCAGCGGCGUGGGAGGGCGCGAAUGGGAGACUCAAGGCUGGUUUGGCUCACGGAGCAAUCGCCCGACGUCAUCCAACAAUGGGAAGCACUCGAGGAGGAGCUGAAGCACAUGUAUGAGGAUGAGGAAAGGGAAAUUCGCAAGCUGGAAAUGCUGCAAGAUUCCGAGCCCGGGGGCACCAUCAACUUCGAGGUGGAGUCCACCGGGGCGCUGCUCGAUCUCGACAAUGCGAAGCAGCACUUGCAGCAUUUUUGCAGUACCGUGUCAAAGGGCGAGUUCAUCGAUAGCCGGCCCGACUAUGUUCUGCAACGUCAUUGGGACUCGUCGCCGCCCAGGUUGAGCGCGGCCGUCUUGCUCCCCCCGUUUGUUCCGGGAAAACUGCGCCGCGUCGAGGGUAAGUCCACGUGGCUGUCGGAGAAGAGUGCUACCAAGGAUGCGGCAUUUCAGGCCUACGUGGCGCUCUACAGGGCCGGCCUCGUCAGCGAGCACUUGCUGCCCCUGAAGUUCGACGCAGCGCCGUCCGUGGAGACGAGGGCACCGGAGAUUGAUGUCGAGCCGCCAUUCGAUCCCUGGUAUCAGGUGGCGAGGGAUUGGAACAAGGAUGGGCGCAGAUGGCUCUAUGCCCUGAGCUACCAGGAUGAGAAUCAGGUGCAGACUGAGUAUGAGGUUCUGCUUCCUGUCCGGCUGGACCAGAUUCGCCCUAUUGAGCUUUUCCUGGAUGUUGGGAGAGUCUGCCAGCUACAAUUCGGCCUUCCGAGGGCCGUCUCUACGCAAGAAGCUGCGGCUUGGCCUGACCAAACGUCGGCCUUGCUCGCAGUCCCGUUUGCUCACCGAUGGCACGUCGAGGACAGCCCCCAGGUUGUCAAGUUCACUGCCAAGGGGGUUGACGUUUCAAGGGAGCAGAUUGGCUCAGCACUGUUCGAUCCUCAUGACGAAGGCCACAGCGGCGGACAAUUCCUCGUUCGGGAUCAAUACGGGACUCCGUUCCUGUGCAACGGCCAGAUUGCAGAAAAGCCGCCCAUCGAAAGAGUGCAACAUCCUUUUACCGAUUAUGACCUUGCACCGAGCGAUGAGCCGUACCUGAUCCUUAGAAGGUGGACCAAGCGGUUUGAUUUCCUGCACCGCCUUCAGCCGGAUGCUGGCUCCGUGGUCACGGCCACGGAGCGCUAUCCCUGGGUGCUUCCCCAGUCGUGGGCCCUCCUCGACGAGGUCCCGGCGAGGCACGCCAAAUUUGGCAUGAUGAUUCCGUCAAUCGCACAUGAGCUGCAAGUGAUGCUGACGGCAAAGGAAUUGGCAACGACCAUCCUGCAACGUGUUGCCAUUGCUGACCUAGGCCUUGUCCGAGAAGCAAUAAGCGCCCGCAGUGCCUCGGAGCCUGUCCAUUACGAAAGGCUGGAGUUUCUAGGCGAUUCGAUUCUCAAAUACUGCACCUCGGUCCAAGCCGCUGCCGACCAUCCUGAGUGGCCCGAAGGCUACCUUUCAGGCUUCCGAGAUGGUCUCAUCUCUAAUUCAAGGCUUUGCCGAGCCGCAAUCGACAGCGGCCUUGCCAAGUUCAUCCUCACCAAGCGCUUCACCGGCAAGAAAUGGCGGCCGCUGUAUGUGGACGGGUAUCUACAGCAGACUCGAGGACACGAAAAGGGCAUCCUGAUGUCGACCAAAACACUUGCCGACGUGGUUGAGGCCUUGAUCGGGGCAUCGUACAUUGACGGGGGUGUCUCCAAGGCUGUGGUGUGCAUGUCGACCUUUUUGCGCGAAUGUGAGUGGCGGGAUGUUAGAAGAGGCCGAGAACGACUCUUCCACCUCACCCGAAGUGUCGAUACCCUGCCACCCGUGUUGGAGCCGCUCGAGAAAUUGGUCGGGUACUCUUUCCAGAAGAAAGAGCUUCUCAUCGAGGCCGUGACGCAUGCUUCGUAUGUACUGGACGCCGGCAGGCGAUCAUAUGAGCGACUCGAGUUCCUCGGCGAUGCAGUUCUCGACCACAUUGUUGUCACGAAGCUGUUUGGCGUCAGGCCUCCCCUACCGCACUAUGACAUGCACACACUCAAGACAGCCAUGGUCAACGCAGAUUUUCUCGCCUUGGUCGUCAUGGAAAAUGGUCUGCGCCAGAGUGAUGGCGCGGCCGCGGAAGAGGCCGGGAGUGGUGAGCGGGAUGGAGGCUUGGCGUUGUGGAAUUUCAUGCGCCAUGCCUCCCCUGCCAUCGGGGCCGAACAAGGACGGAUGCGGAAGCGACAUGGCGCCAUGAGGACAGCAAUCCUAGAGACCAUGGAACGCGGAACGCAUUACCCGUGGGCGUUGCUCGCGCGGAUGCAGGCGAAAAAGUUCUUUUCGGACUUGUUCGAGGCACUCCUGGGGGCCGUCUGGAUCGACUCGGGCUCCAAGGAAACGUGCGAGGCCGUGGUGGCGCGGUUCGGCAUCCUGUCUUACCUAGAGCGACUGCUGGGGGACAAGGUCGAGGUCCAGCAUCCCAAGCAGUUGCUCGGCAAGCUGGCCGUCGCGGACACGGUCACGUAUGACAUCGAUGCCAAGGAGGGCAACGACGGCGAGAAGAGGUAUCUGUGCACAGUCCUAGUGGGGGACAGGGUUGUUGCCGAGGUGGACGACGGCGUGAGCAGGGAGGAGGUGCAGACGAAGGCAGCGCACGAGGCUGUCGGGCUGCUCAAGAGGGAGCAAGAGUCGUCGCAUGUCGGCUGA